CCUUCGAACCCUCGAAAGACUUGGAACCACUCGCACUCCAACAUGUCAGAGAAAUUAUCUUUCGGUGCCCACAUGCUGGCCGAAUACGGACAUAAGAAAGGCGAAAACCACGGCGCUAACGGUCAAGGCAUCACAGAGCCCUUCGAAGCGGUGUCCAACGCUCGUCGCACUGAAUUGGGCUCUCGAAAUCAAGAGCUAUCCAAAUUCGUGCUUCUUAGAAACCUUGACGCUAACAGUGGAGCUGCCACUGUAUACGAGUUGUUCGCACGCGAUGACGAUACCGACUUUCAUUAUGGUAAAGGUUUGCUCGAUAUAUUUCCCGCAGGUAACAAAGCGAUUGCGGUGUUCAAGAACGAGGAAAUCGCCCAGAAGGCGAUAGAAAAAUUCCACGGGACUCAGUUUGGAUGGCAGACCAAGAGGGUCGAGCUCUGGUUCAUCGGCUCUAAGGAUCUUCCUGAAUCCGACGAAGAGUACUAUGGACCAGAUCUUUCUACUUUCCUUCACGACGAAAAGGAGAGCAGAAAAGUGAAGUCCCAAACAGUUCUCCUGACUCACUUGUCGAAUCAUCCUGAGAAAUGGCUAAAUCUUCUCCUCGAAAAAACCAUCUCCUACGUUCAGCGAGCAGACCCUUACGCCGAGGAUUCGGACGACGAAGAAUUCGACUUCGAUUGCACCUCUUCGUUCGUUGUGGACUCGGAAGCUGGAAUGAUUCUCGCGAAAUUUAAUCACAGAGACCACGCCGAUAAUUUCGUGGAAACGUGGAACGGGAGGUACUUCAAGAGUCGUACCAUCUACGCAACCAAGGUGUUGGACAAGGAAAUCGACGAGCUCAUCGAGGAGCACGAGCGCGCAAAGCAGAAGAGGGCCGCGAAGCCCAAAGGCGGUCUCUUCCUCCGGCCAAUCCACUAUGAUGUUACGAAAGAAGACGUGAUCUCCCUAUUCCCUAACUAUCAGAUCCACGACGUCCAUUUCCCACCCAGAGGUGGCUCUGCGAUUGUCUUCUUGGGUGCCGAAGAUGCAGAAGAGAUUGCCACAAAAUUCAGGUCCUCCCUCCGAUUGAAAGAUCGUAUAAUCGCCGUUUCGCUCUUCGAUUUCGAUAAGAAGAACAUGAGACAAAAUCCAAGAGAGCCUUCUCCAUCUGUCGACAGCCUCACUCAGCAGGCUUCCGGCUUGCAGAUCUCCAACGCGGGCGGUAAGAGGGGUAAUAGCCGCGGACGACCCAAGACCUUCGAUGUGGUCCUGAAAAACCUCCAUUUCGAAGCAACUGAAGAAGACAUACGAGAUCUGUUCUCCGGGUUCGACGUGCAGAGGGUGAGCUUUGCUAGGCCAGGGCUUGGGUUUGUAGCUCUACCUACUGUCGAAAAGCAGCAGCGUGCUAUUAACUUGAGUGGACAAAAAAUCCUGGGCCGCAAGGUUAUUGUGGAACCUGUUAGGGAUAAGUUUUGA